AUGUCUUAUACCCUAUUACCAUCCAGGCAUAGUCUACGAGCUUUAUCAGGAUUAUGGCAUCGAUUUUAUACCACAGCACCUAGUCCAUACUAUCCUGUGCAUAAACCGUACACCCCGCCCACCUCAGAACCAGUGAAUACACUAUCAGACAAUAAAUACACCCAACCGACUCCGAAACCUGAUGACCAUAUAAUUGUGGCCAUGUCGUCUGGUGUUGAUUCCUCGGUAUGUGCAGCAUUAUUCAAAGAUUAUCCUAACGUCCAUGGGUUGUACAUGGCCAACUGGUCACAACUGGCAACAUGUACAGAACGCGAUUGGAAGGAUGUGCAACGAGUGUGUCGAGAUUUAGGCAUUUCCAGUUGUGAGCGAGUUAAUUUUGAACAUGAGUAUUGGCAUGAUGUGUUUGUGCCAAUGAUUGAGAAAUACGAAAAGGGGUUAACUCCCAAUCCUGAUAUUGGGUGCAAUAAAUUCGUUAAAUUUGGGAAAUUAAUUGAUUAUUUGCAUGAGAAAUAUGAUGGUAAGGAUUGGUGGUUGGUCACUGGUCAUUAUGCUCGGAUUAUGAAACACAAUGAAACCGGAGAGUAUCAUUUAUUGCGAGGCUUGAGUCAGCGGAAAGACCAAAGUUACUAUCUUUCGUCGAUCCCACCACGAUCAUUAUCGAAAAUCUUAUUGCCUAUUGGCCAUUAUAUCAAACCACAAAUUCGAAAAUUGGCACAUGAUCGGUUUCAGCUACACACAGCAACAAAGCCUGACUCCCAGGGGUUAUGCUUUGUUAACCCGCAACAAUCGAAUUUCCGAGAGUUUUUAAAUGAUUACAUCCCGGAAAACCCAGGUGACAUAGUUACUGAAGACGGUAAGGUUUGGGGUCGACACAAAGGGUUAUGGCACGCUACUAUCGGACAGAAAUCGUCGGUGUGCAUGCCGCAAGCAGAUCCAAAAUAUCAAGGAAUAUGGUUUGUUAGUGAUAAGAACUAUGAGAAAAAUCAAAUCAUAAUAGUCAAGGGCCAUGACAACCCAAGAUUGUUUAAACAAACUGUGGAGUUGACACAAUUGGAAUGGCUAUGUCCUAAAGAAGAGGUGAUACAUUUACGGGGGUUACAAUUUCAGUAUCAUUCGUUACUGAAAUCGAUUCCUGUCAAGAGAGUAAUUGAUUCGGGAGACAAGUUGGUGGUUGAGUUGGAAACUCCGGUUCGUGCCUUGGCACCAGGCCAAGCUGGCGUGUUGUAUAAUGGCAAUCGAGUGUUGGGCGGUGGAAUGAUUAGUAGAACCAUGUAG